AAGGCUCUUUCCUUUCCCUCUGGCGGCAGCCAUCAGGUGAGCCGACAUGGGCGCAUACAAGUACAUCCAGCAGCUAUGGAGGAAGAAGCAGUCGGACGUGAUGCGCUUUCUGCUCAGGGUGCGCUGCUGGCAGUACCGCCAGCUCUCGGCGCUGCACCGGGCCCCCCGCCCCACCAGGCCCCACAAGGCGCGCAGGCUGGGCUACAAGGCCAAGCAAGGUUAUGUCAUAUAUCGUAUUCGUGUGCGCCGUGGUGGUGGCAAACGCCCAGUUCCUAAGGGUGCCACCUACGGCAAGCCUGUCCACCAUGAUGUCAACCAGCUCAAGUUUGCUCGAAGCCUUCAGUCUGUUGCCGAGGAGCAAGCUGGACGCCACUGUGGGGCCCUCAGGGUCCUGAAUUCUUACUGGGUUGGUGAAGAUUCUACAUACAAAUUCUUUGAGGUUAUCCUCAUCGAUCCAUUCCAUAAAGCUAUCAGAAGAAACCCUGACACCCAGUGGAACACCAAACCAGUGCACAAGCACAGGGAGAUGCGGGGGCUGACGUCCGCAGGCAGGAAGAGCUGCGGCCUUGGCAAGGGCCACAAGUUCCACCACGCGAUCGGUGGAUCUCGCCGUGCAGCCUGGAGAAGGCACAAUACUCUCCAGCUCCACCGCUACCGCUAAUAUCAGUGAUGUCUGUAAAAUUCUUACCUAAUAAACAAUUUAGGACAUUCAUGUCUGCUUAAAAGUGUUUUUUAAUUUGUCUGUUAAAACUAGUUGUCUGCAGAUUGUUUCAUUGAAUGCAUUGUCAAAUUAUGAAAGUUAAAGUGCAAUAAUGUUUGAUGACUAAGUGAUGAUGUAUCUUGUUUCUAAUAAGGGAAAUGCCUUGGUUUUUGCUUUAUUAGGGAGUUGAUAUGUCCGCGUUUAAAAUGCUGUUUGGUACAUUAGGUGUAAAAUAAAUUCUG